AGCGCCCGGACGUCAUACCGGACUCUACCUUGGCGACCACCUCAUCGAGUGCGUCAAGACUUGGGGAAUUCGGGACCGGGUGCUCUCGAUCGUCUGCGACAACGCCAGUGUCAACGACUCGAUGAUCGAGGCCGUGGGGGAGCAGGAGUGGAAGCGAUUCUACUCGGACAAGGGUCGAGUCCGAUGUUUCGCUCAUAUCUUGAACUUGAUUUCGGGGGCUAUCAUAGAAGGGGCUACCGGACUCAAGUGGGAUGAAGAGGAGGAGGAGAAGGCCGACGACGACGAAGACGUCUACCCGGAGGAACCGUUCGACGAGGACGGGAACAUCGUUCCCGAUGUCGAAGACUUGGAAGACGAUCAAGAGGUUCUU